GCGAAGUUCCAGGUGCCCAGCGGCAGUGACUUUGCCGAAGUGCGCAUCCCCUUCCAUGCCUUCAGCGACAAGUGGACAAUUUGCUGCGACAACCGUACCAAGGUCUACGCGGAGCCACAGUUCUUGUACGAAGCGGGCACUACCUUCGACUUCAAGGAGCUCAACGACCCCGUGAUGGGCGGACAGUCCACUGGCACCUGGAAACUUGACUCGGCGGGCUUCGGCGUCUUUGAUGGCCAGGUGGUGGAUGUGCCGAGUUUGAAGGCCCCCGGCUUCAUCAAAGCCGCAGCAGAUGGCAGCUUCCCCGAUGCUUCUGCUGCGGACCCUUCGGCCUGUCCCACGGCCCAACGCCUUGCAGCCAUCAAGCGACUGGAGGUUUGGGCCGAAGGAGCUUUGGGCAAGAUUCACCUGGAGAUCAAGUCCAUCUCUGCGCGCACGGCUGCUUACACUUCAGUGCAAGCAGUGCCCCCGCCCUUCAACAGCUGCCGCAGCCCCAUCCAGAAGAAUCUGCGCUACAACAUCUCUAGCCGGACGGAACCCACCGUGCCAGUCCCUGUGGCCCCGGUGAACAGGACUAUGGCUGACUUCAAGGCUGACACCGAUGAGCACGGCUGGCCUUCCUUUCGGAAGGAGGAGGUGUUCUCUGAGCACGUGACAGUUGACAAGAACGG